AUGUCUUCAUUCACAGAAGAUGCGAUUCUCGAAACCAAUCAUGAUGCGGAUUCACCAAAUACGGUCACUCGUGUUGUGGUAAUUGCUAUUGAUCAAUCAAACUAUAGUCACUAUGCAUUUGAUUGGGCUGUAAAGAACUUUUUGAGAAAAGAAUCUGAUUUGGUUGCAAUAGCCUUGCAAGGAGAUGCUCGUGAAGAAAUUGUUCGAAAAGUUUCUGAAUUAAAUGCUGAUGGUUUAAUUAUUGGGUCUCGUGGCCUGGGAGUCAUAAAACG